AUGAAUGAAGUGAUAUCUUCCACCACGACCACUACAGACCACAGACAAUUUAAACCUAAAUCUAUUCUCCGAAACUCCAAAUCAUCUCCAAUACUCAAUAGCAAUAAGAAUAGUUCUGCAACAAUCGGAGGCUCCGCUAAAAGCAAACUUCCUAUACUCAAACAUAAGCUCGGUACCGGAGGAGCAGGAAGCUCAUCAAAUAAGUUUUCCAGCGUAGUACACAAAUUUGUAGCUAGCUGUAACACCUUCUUGGAAAAACUUCGAAGCAUUUCAGACGAAGUUUUCUCAGUGGACGAGACAAUAAAAGAGUACUUUGUAUCUUCGGACGGUGACGAUUCAAGAUUGGAGAAAAUCACGAAAUCCAACAGAGGAUACACUUCAGCGGAAGAGAGGUUCAUAGAAGAGUUCAAAGAAUCCAAGAGCCUUGAGGUAAUGUACCAAGAGCGCAGACAACAGAAAGCAGCCGAACAGAGACUCGACCAUUCCAUUCCCCCACCUGUACCACCCAAACUGAAGCUGAAAAUGGCCACAGAACAUAGAGUGUCCCUUCAGGACGUUAUACGCCAAACCAGCGGCGAAGGAGACUCUUCUUCAACCCUCAAUGUUUCCUAUCACGACUUGGACGUGUGUGAAAUGAGGAAAGAGUUUGAAGUCAGCCCGCCUUUGGAAAGCACUUCAACGCCGUCUCCCUUAUCGUCAUCUGCAUCAGAGUCUUCCUCGUCGCCAUCUCCAGCAACUGAAAUAAAUAUAGGUGAAACCCUUUGGAACUACCGUAGGACGAAGUGGUUGCACACCGACAAAACCACCGAGGAACUCGAGGACAGAAUUAGCUGUAAUCAGAUCGAAGAGUUGCCACAUGAGCUGCAAGUCAAGAUCUACACCAAUCUUGUGAACAAGGGGAAAGUUUUAAAGCAAGACAAGAGGCUAAAUCUUCAAGAUUUGGUGGUAAUUAUCAACGCUGGGUGGGUAGCAGAGGAUAAAUGGGAAAGGGCAGCUAAAGGAUUGGCGUAA